CAGAGGGAUUGGAAAUGCUACAACAAACAAAGAGAAAAAAAACCACAAAGUAUAUUCUAUUCCCUUAAUUAAAAUGGUGCAAAAUAAUGAGACUGAUAGUUUAUGUACCACUUCUACAAUUUUACUGUAUGCUAGAAGCAAGAACUAUGUUUUAAAUUUAACAAAGCACUGCCAGUGUAGUCCUUUGUAUUUAACCUAAAUGUAAUGAAGAUUGAGUCCUGUGUUAAUGAUUGAAUCAUGUUGUUAUUGCUUUGUUCUGUGUAGUCCUGGGUUAUCACUUUAAAAUUCUCAUACAGAAUUUUUCAAAUGAUUUUCCUCUUUAUUUUGGAAGUCAAAAGUUAGUGUCAGAAACCAGAAAGAUGGAGUAGAUUGGAUCUGUGAUUAAAUUGGUAUAGGGAUCUCUUGAGUGAGGAAACUUUAUGUAUAAAAACAGUUUUAGUAGCUUUCCAGAAACUUCUUAGAGAGUUAAUUUCUUGUAGCACUAAGAGGUUAAACAAUUUACCUAGAGUUCCAAAGCUCAAAUCUUAUGGGUUCUGAAGUUUGUUCUUUCAUCAACUAGAAAAGCUAACACUCAAGACUCAAUUAUUCAUGGUAAUAGAAUAUUUAGUUAAAUAUUAAACUUAAAUUGUGUGUAAUUUGUAUUUAUUGAUUUUAAUUUAAAUUUUAUUUCCUAAUUAUGUUUUAAUGUGUUACAAUGAUUUGUAUUUCCAGAAUUAAAAAAUGUUGGGAGACAAUUUGAGAUUAUUCUUAGAGAAGACAAUGAGAAUUAGAAGGGAUGCCAGCCUGGGACUUAUGACAUUCAUUGCAGAUGAUUCAAAAUGAGAAUAAUGAUAAACAGUACAAAAACCUUAACUUCCUGAGAUAUUUUAAAGAUUGUUCAUUACAUCUGUGAAAUAGAUGAUCUUGGUUUUUUAAUUAAUACUAUAGUUUAUCCUUGCCUUUUUUUUCCAUUGAGAUGGAAAGUAUGUGACUAGUUACAGAAAUUUAAAUUCAAUUUACAUCUAAGAUUGUUAGAAAACUAUAAGAUGGUUAAAACUCCAAUAAAGCUACUGGUUGUAUUUUCUAUUAUUUGCAUUUAAUUAUAAUUCUGGUAUGACAAUUAAUUUUAUUAUUCAUAGUAAACAUAAUAGUAUAGUGAAAUAUAGUGGGCAUAUGUAGUAUAAAAUAAUUUCAUAAAACUCUCAAAGGUGGAAAGCAUCUUAGAACUAACUGCAGAUGGCUUGUAAAACUCCACUGUAGUUGAAAUCAUAUUAAAAUGUAAUUGGGAGAUGUUUAACAAGCUAAAUAAAAAUGCUAUACGAUAUAUCUAAUGUUAAUUUGAGGUUUUCUAAGUCAGUAUGAAGCUUAUACUUAAUCAGUUUCUAUUUGAUUUUGGCACUAGUGUUUUCCAGACUAGUUUCAAUAAAUGCUUUGGGACUUGAAACAUAUUAAUAGAAUCAAUAAAUGUUGACUUUACACAUAAGGAAUAUCAUAGAAUAAAAUAAGGUCAAGGAAAUGCUGAAACAAAAGAUAAAUUUUAUUAUGGGUUGGUUUAUUCUUAGUAUGUGUUAGCAUUCUUAAAUAUAAUAUUCUCAUACUUAAUGCAUUAGAAGGCAUAUACUGUUAGUAUUGCUAUUCUCCCAGAACUAUUAUUCACACUGUUCAAUAUACCAGUGUUCUUUGGAAUAUGAUGGAGGUGGGGGAGAUGCAGAGAGGCUCUGCUUUAUUCCAUCCUUUCACAUUUAUUACUAGCUUAUAACCACUAUAAUUGUUUAACAUAUUAUGUUGUUUGAGAGUGUCUGGAAAUUACCAUAGCAUAACCUAAAUUUAUUCUCCUUGGGAUGUAGUUUCCAUGUGAAGUCCUAUCUUAUAUCAGGGAAGCAUUUUUCCUCCAUUUUAAAAUUUUAAUAACAUAUGUGCAGGCAAAUCUUUCAUAUCAAAAAGGGAUCUCAAAGUAAUUUCAUAUAUUAAGAAAGGAAAGGUCAAAAAUUGAAGAUUCAAUCACAAAACUUUUUUUUCCUUUUCCUCCUCUUUUCUUCUUGAGGUAUCAGGUUGAAAUAAAGAGCUGGACUGGACUAGCAUGGACUGGGUAGAAUGUGCCGAAUUAAAGAAAACAUUUGUGAAUGCAAAACUACGCCUGACAUUUUAACUGUGUCAUCAACAUACAGAUGUUUCCCCAACAUUAGACAAAUGUAUUCAUCAUGAAUACCUCUUCUAACUUCUCUUUUGAAAUUAGAUGUGUUUUCCUUCUGGCUGCACAAAGCCCCAGGAUGCUUUCAAAUUCAAAAUAUAUUUUCCCUCAGUUGUGGAUGUCAUGAAAAAUAUAAUUUACAUUGAGAUGUGAGUGAGCUUAAUCUUCCCAGUAACUUGCAUGUUAAAAAAAAAAAAAGUAGUGUUUAUUCUAAAUGACUGUCUAAUUGUAGAAUGUUAGGUGAAGAUCUUUUUUUAAUUGUGUGUUCUUUGUGGCUAGGUGUCCACUCCUACUCUUUCCCCCAGCAAUCCUAACUUUUUUUUUAAUACCUGGCCUGCCAAGGCAUAAAUCAGCAUACAGUUAAAUAGCAUCACUUCUCUUUUCUUUCCUCCUUCUAGCUCUUUCUACAAGGCCCUUUGGGGUAAAAACAGAAUCAUCUCUUGGGGAGAUGGUAUGAGUUAAAUUUCCUAAACCCUGGUCUCAGACUGUUCAGUCUCUCAAUAGAGGCCCUCUUUUAUAAUAUGUUGUAUGAUUUUUAAUAAAAAGGAAUGAAACAUUCAUUUAUAGUGAAGCUUUAAAUUUUUUUUUAAAGACAAAUCAAACUAGAUGACUGAAGAUGAGGAAUAAGUACUUUUAAAUAGAAUUAACUAUCUUUCCAAUUUAAAAUGUCUUUUUCCUCUUGUUUUUUAGUCCUGAAGUUUAGAUGCAAGGAUUUUUAAAAAUGUAAGUGGUUGUGCUUAUCUGGAAAUAAAUAAGUUUCUUUUAAAAAUAACAGCUAGUACUCAGUUUGUUGGAAACUUAGUUUAGGGGAUAAUGUUAGUUGUUGUUCUCUUCUUCAUAUUUUAAAGAGUUUUACUUUAUAAGUCAUAUGUUGCUUGAAAUAGGAAGUAGCAAAUUGCUUCUCCCCACUACCUUUGUUCUGGCUAAAGUUUUAUGCAAAACAUUGUUUGAAACAAGAGUUUCUUUUUUUCUCCUGAAAACAACUGAAGGUACUGUUUUUAAUGGUGCAUACCAUCAUAAUUUGUAGUUGUUGUUCUGCUGUUCUUUUCCUUUUAAGUUACCCAAACACAGCUGAGUUCACAAGAGGAGAAAAGAAAACUUGAUAGUGUUGGCCAAAUAGACAGGAAACUGUAGUGGACCUAGUGAGCAGUGAAGGGUUUGAGCACGCCCUUCAUCCAAUCAGCUGUGAGAGCUGUUGCUAUGUGCACUCUUACUCUGCUGCCUUUGUGAAAAAUAUCUUGCACUGAGAGAGGGAGAGUGGAAGAGAGAGAGAAACCGAAUAAGCACCCAAAGCGGAGCAUUUUGUUUUAACCACUGCAGACAUCUGGAUCUCUCAGAUACUGACAGAAUAGCUUAUUUAAAGCCAGGAGGCAACUUAUUUAACACAAGAAUUCCAGUAUGGUUUACUGUGGAAACAAAGGACUUCUUCACCCAGAAGAUACUCUAGAUGAAUACUUUGAAUAUGAUGCAGAGGAAUUCUUGGUCUCUCUGGCCUUGUUAAUUACAGAAGGCCGAACACCUGAAUGUUCUGUAAAAGGUCGAACUGAAAGCUUUCAUUGCCCUCCAACUCAGUCAAGUUAUCCAGUAACAGCAAAACAUGAAUGCAGUGAUAAACUGGCCCAGUGUCGUCAAGCCAGACGAACCAGGUCUGAGGUUAUGUUGCUUUGGAAAAACAAUCUUCCAGUCAUGGUAGAAGUGAUGCUACUUCCAGACUGCUGCUAUAGUGAUGAUGGGCCUAACACAGAGGGAAAUGAUUUAAAUGAUCCUGCAAUUAAACAAGAUGCAUUAUUAUUAGAAAGGUGGAUAUUGGAACCCGUUCCUCGACAAAAUGGAGAUCGAUUUAUUGAAGAGAAGACCCUUCUAUUGGCUGUGCGUUCUUAUGUCUUUUUUUCUCAGUUAAGUGCUUGGCUGAGUGUUUCCCAUGGUGCUAUUCCACGAAAUAUUCUUUACAGAAUCAGUGCUGCUGAUGUUGAUCUACAGUGGAAUUUUUCCCAGACUCCCACUGAGCAUGUAUUUCCUGUUCCCAAUGUUUCUCACAAUGUGGCCUUGAAAGUCAGUGUUCAGUCUUUGCCUAGACAAUCUAGUUAUCCAGUCUUGACCUGUAGUAUUCACACUAACAUUGACUUUUAUGAAAAAAGAAUUCAAGAACAUGAACUGAAAACCCAUCAACGUUAUAAUUCCAAGGAAGUAGAACAGUGCAAUAUGCGCAGUUCACAUCUGUGUAGCAAACAAACUUGGACUUUAGUACCUGAAGCUUUGUUACGUGCAAAAAAAUCCAUAACUCCAGAAUUUAAUACAACUAUCAAAAAUAUCAAAUCUUGUUCAGGUGUUGGUCAUGAUUCUGACCGUGGGACAUCUCAAUCAAGUGUGCAGAACUUUAAUGCUACAGGAGAUGCAAAAUCAUUUGAAACAUCAGUGAAAACUUUAAAAUCUUUGUCCUGGGGUGAUCCCAAUGUUUCUAGUAGCCAUAGUUCUCGGCAGCCUACAGGAGAAACCAAUCCUUUAAUAGGCUCUUUAAUUCAGGAUCGACAAGAAGUCAUUGCAAGGAUUGCUCAGCAUUUGAUUGAUUGUGAUCCAACUUCUUCACGUGUUUCUGGGAGUACAUUCAACAUGCAAGGUUCUAGUUCACUUAACUCAAAAAUUUUCCCGAAUUCAUAUGAAAAUGAAAAUUUAUUAAAGAAAAAUAAGGAAAACAGCUCAGUUUCCUUUGUUAGCCCAGAAUAUACCUCCUCAGAAAACAAUGGUGAAGGAAAAAUAAGGUUAAAACCAGAAAACUCUCACUGUGAUUCUUACGUUUCCAGUAAUGUUUAUUCUCAUCAAUCUAUUGGUGAGACUAAUCCUUUGAUAGGUUCUCUACUCCAAGAACGCCAAGAAAUUAUUGCAAGGAUUGCCCAGCACUUGAUUCAUUGUGACUCUUCUGCAUCACAUAUCCCCAGGCAUUCAUUCAACAUGAAUGACUCCAAUUCUGUUCAUUUAAAAGUUUUUCGGAGUUCAUAUGAAGAUAAAACUUUGUUAAAGAAAAGCAAGGAAAACUCCAUUUCCUUCUCUAAUAAAGAUUUGUCCUUGUCCGGAGACAAUAAUGAAAGAAAAAGUAUAAUAAUUACUGAUAAAUCUUUUAGUUCUUUUAAAUGUAAUGAAUUAAAGGCACCUUUAAAAACUCAAACCAGAAGAAAUGCACAUCAGGAAAAUCCUAGUGAAACUGUCCAAAGUACAUUUCAACAAACACAAAAUAUACCUACAAAUUUGUUGUCUUGUUUAAAUAUGUCAUGUAGCAAAGAAAUUAAAUUAGAAUCACCAAGUCAAUCAGAAAACACACUUUCCAGAUGUCAGUUUAAAGAUCACAAAAUUAGUAGAGGAGUUGAUAAACAAUAUUUAAAUUCUAGCAAUUUUGAUGAACAGAUAUGCAAAAAUAAACAUAAGGAAAGAACAGUAAAAAGUGAGACUAGCAAUCCAGAUUUUUUUCACAACCACCAAUUAGAUGAUUCAAAGACACUUGACAGUUCAGUGAAAUCUCUUGUGUUGUCAGCAGCUGAUCAUCUGCAUAAACAUGAGUUCAGGUGCCCAAACAAAGACCCUAAAACAUCGAAGGCUUGUGAGCAAAAUACUCAACUUGUUAGCAUAGAAAACUGUCAGAAAAAGGACACUGAGACAUUCAAAUGUUGUAAAAGUAAAUCAGAUCAAUUCAAAGCGGAACAGGAUGAGAAUGAGGACCCAGCAGAUGAAGAAUCUCAAAAAUGUUUUCAGAGAAAAAUUAGAGAAGACAGUUCCUCUAGGUGUGAACGACUGAAAAAUACAGAGGUGCUGAGAACUAAAUCAGUGAAGCAUUCAAGUGUUUGGCAGAAACAUAAUUUUCAUUCAUUAGAUGGAACCUCAACCAAAGCCUUUCAUCCUCAAACUGGAUUGCCUCUUCUUUCAAGUCCUGUUCCACAAAGGAAAACACAAUCAGGCUGCUUUGAUCUGGAUACUUCCUUACUGCAUUUGAAAAAUUUGUCAUCCAGAAGUCCACAACAGUGUUUAAAUAUUGAAGAUGAUUCAGAUAUCCAUGGAAAACCAUUUUUGAGUUCUAGUGCUCCACCCAUAACCAGUCUCAGUCUUCUAGGAAAUUUUGAGGAAUCUGUCUUGAACUAUCGCUUAGAUCCUCUAGGCAUUGUUGAUGGUUUUACAGCUGAAGUGGGGGCAAGUGGAAUUUUCUGCCCUACUCAUAUGACCCUUCCUGUUGAAGUGUCAUUCUACAGUGUUUCAGAUGAUAAUGCCCCUUCUCCUUAUAUGGGUGUGAUUACUUUAGAGUCCCUUGGUAAAAGGGGUUAUCGAGUACCUCCUUCAGGAACAAUACAAGUGACCUUAUUUAAUCCUAACAAGACUGUGGUGAAGAUGUUUGUUGUGAUAUAUGACUUACGAGAUAUGCCAGCCAAUCAUCAGACAUUCCUACGACAAAGAACUUUUUCUGUACCUGCAAAAAAAGAAAUGAAGAGAAGUGUUAAUAAAGAGAACAUUCGAUAUACUGAAGAAAAGUUACUACGCUACCUCAUACAUCUGAGGUUCCAGAGCUCUAAAUCUGGAAAGAUCUACCUCCAUAGAGAUGUUCGGCUCCUGUUCUCUAGAAAGUCCAUGGAAGUUGAUAGCGGUGCUGCAUAUGAACUCAAAUCAUACACUGAAUCACCAACAAACCCUCAGUUUUCACCACGAUGUUAAAAGAAGUAAAAAUUUGAAGUAUUUACUCAAUAGUCAAGUUUGAGAACAAAAAAUGGCAUAGAACAGAGUGUACCAAAUUAGUCAAGAGAGUGAAUCCUUUCCUAUGACCCUGGACCAUUAAGAUUUCUGGAAUGAGCUCCACAUAUUCCAAAUAGACUGGAAACACAGACCUAAAUCUUAAUCCUUUUUUUUUUUUUGUACUGUUUAAACCACUUCAUUGGAUGUGUUGCAAUAGCAAAAUCCCCAGUUAGGUUAGUGUUUACACAUUUUAUUUCUCAGUUAUUUAAUAUUUAAUGUUUCCUUUAAUACUAAAGUGAUAUUUGUCUAGUGUUCUAAUGUAGCACAAAUCCUGUGUAAAAUCAUAAUAUGUAUUUUUGACAUUAAUGUUGAAAUCUGAAAUAUAUGCACAAGUCUUUAA